GAAUUGAGUCAGUUGUCAACAGGCUAAGCAAGACGGUGAACAGUUGGGCAGCUGAUGGCAUUUGCACGAAUUGUGGUACGGAACAAUUUUGGAAUCUGUCACGUUUUGUUGGACAUUUGAAUCAACUUGGUCACCCGCGAAGUCGCCUGAAUAUCAUGAACAUUUGAAACUUGACUCUGCGCUGGGCAGAUGUACGUCCCCUGCUGGAUUGAAUGGCACUGAGAAUACAAGAUUAAGUGGGAGUACUGCGAUGACUAGCCGGCACCCUAGCCAUGCAGAAAGCACUCACUCCACAGACAAACAACCACCUGCUUUGGCCUCUAAGCUCCAUGUCCAUCGAUCGGACUCAAAUGAGACGCUUACAAUCCACUUCUCAGCUCUUGGGAAGGAGGAAGAGGAGGAGGAGGAAGAGCUGUAUACAACAUCGGUCUCUUCCACAUCUACCACUCAGGAUGCAUUAAAUAUUGUGACAGGAGUUGAGGCUAGUGAGGAGAUGUUUGAAGCACAGCAAUCAGAGCCUUUAGUUGAUGUGGCUCCCACAUCCCACUCUAUCAGACCUUCACCACUUUCCACUUCUCACACAACUUCAUUGACGAAUCUCGCUGAGCAAAAAGGCACAAGUUCGAAUUCGUCGCCCACUAAAUCUUUGAGCUUUCCCUCAGCUGAUAAGUCUUUACUAAGUUUAGUGAAACCUUUUUCCUCUGACAUUGAGUCUAAAGAUGGAGUUUCUUCUAUUCCAGCUUCCUCAACAAGGCACAGGCAUCUCAUGAAAUCUCUGGUUAAGUCUUUAUCGUCGGACACUUCUCAGGACUCGUCAACCUAUCGCCUUUCAGAGUCCCGCCUUAAUCUGCAACUCUUCAAACAAUUCACUCAGUCCAGGAUGCAGAAUGCUACGACAUCAGCAGCUAGUGAUUCAAAAACAGUCCCUUCUUCACCACAAGUUUCACCAGACAAUCGCAGCUUCUUUAAAGUUUCAGAGGUUGAAGCACGAAUUGAAGACACUAAGCGUCGUUUCUCCGAGGCCAUUUAUGAACCACUUCAACUCCUGAGUAAGAUGAUGGAUGAAAAGACCAGCAGCAGCAGUCUUAGUCGACCCAAGGCUCUAUCUGCCAGUGCAUCUGAACUCUGCAACCUGAAUUCUGUCAGUGGCCAACUUGAGAGCAACAAUAAUGACUGCAUCAAAGAGGAAGAAGGCAGUGUAUUGGAGGGAGAAAUUCCAAACAGUGGAACCUCUGAUCCAGCCUCUGUUGCACCUUUUGACAUUAAGAGCCCAAACAAAUCAUCCUCAUUCCCGAUAUCUUUGGACAAGUGUUCCAUGUCUGCUCUUGCGAAACAAGAGGAUGAAGACUUUUGUAUUUUGUACAGCGAUGACUUUGAAUCUUGUACUACUGACACUGAUGCUGAUGUUGGUACUGGAACUGGUAGGCAGCCUCAAGAGCCAUUAAGCGGUACUACUGAACCUUGCAGCGAGAAUGAAUCUGAAGAUACUGAGCCCUCCCCUAGUGUUCCUCACUAUAUCCUUUUCAUCCUUACUCUUCUGGUCUAUGGGUGUUUUACAUUGCCUUUGCCAGACCACGUCAGAGGGAUGCUGCUUGGAGUGGCAUUAGGAUUCUUUGUAGCCUUAGGAGUUGUGUGGCUGACUGGACCAAAACCUGAGAGACCAUUCAGAUAUUCUACAAAAUAUGGGAAAUCUUGGAAUCUGACACAAUUAGAUAUUAAAGAACCAGAAAUCUUCAAGGGCUGGAUGAAUGAAAUUACAAACUACGACCCAGAAACCUACCAUGCCACAUUGACACACUCUGUGUUUGUCCGCUUGGAGGGCUCCGUCAUCCGUCUGUCCAAACCAAACCACAAUAUUGCUCGACGUGCCAUACACAAUGAACCAAAACCAGAUGUGACCUACAUCAGUCAGAAGAUCUAUGAUCUAACAAACAGCAAAGUCCAUCUCGUGCCUCAGAGCCUAGCCAGGAAACGCAUAUGGAACAAAAAAUAUCCCAUCUGCAUUGAACUUGGCAAACAGGAUGAUUUCAUAUCUAAAGUGGAAGGUGACCCCAGUGAGAACAGAGAAGGGACAGGAGGAACGCAAGAGCCGACCCGGCCAAUGUCUUCCAGUCGAGAUCUGACUCUGUAUCUGUUUGGAAGGACUGGGAGGGAGAAGGAGGAGUGGUUCCAGAGAUUUAUGUCCGCUUCUAUGCUUAAGGUGGAUUUGAAGAAAGUUGCAAGUCCUGCAAGCUCCAAAAGUGCUCUGAGCUCUCACAGUCGUAGUAGUAGUCGCAGCAGUAUGGAUGAUGUCUUGGCAUCACAGCCCAAGACAAAAGAUUCCCCAACAGUAGGCAGUGCCAAAACCCACUUGUUGGACUACAAUGUCUACAUGGCUUCAUUAUUGACAAAACCAGUUGCACUCGGAUCCUCAACUCCCAGCGCUGAACUCAUCUGUCCCCAGAGCAGCCCUGGAGCUGAAAAGAAGCUUCAAAGCCCCACCUUAACGCAGGAACAGCUCAAGGAGGAGGCGGAGGAUCCCGUUGCCUGGGUGAAUGCAGCUGUUGGUCGACUCUUCUGGGAUUUUUUGCGGGAGCCUUACUGGGCUGAAGUUGUCUCCAAGAAGAUUCAAAUGAAACUCACCAAGAUACGGUUGCCAUACUUCAUGAAUGAGCUAACCCUGACAGAACUAGACAUGGGUGUGGCUACACCGAGGAUCCUUGGAGCAUCCAAUCCUUUAAUUGACUACAAAGGUCUGUGGUUUGACUUGGACAUUUCCUACAGUGGGUCCUUCCUGAUGACCCUUGAGACUAAGAUGAACCUGAUUCGCCUGGGCAAGGAAGGAGAAAGCCUCCGUUUCGGGGAAGAUGGGUCCAGACCCCGAACAUACUGCCUGGCUGACAGUGACGAAGAGUCUUCCAGUGCAGGCUCAUCAGAUGAAGAAGAUGCCACUGAGCAAUCAAAUGAAGUUCCUGGAGCAGAAGGCUAUACUUUUGUUGGAGGCCACAAACCCAGCAAAAUCAUGCGCUUUGUUGACAAGAUCACAAAGUCCAAAUACUUCCAGAAAGCCACGGAGACAGAGUUCAUCAAAAAGAAGAUGGAAGAGGUAUCCAACACGCCUCUCCUCUUAACAGUGGAGUUGCAGAAACUCCAAGGAACUCUUGCUGUCAACAUACCUCCCCCGCCCACUGACAGGAUUUGGUAUGGCUUUAGAAAGCCACCCCACUUGGAACUGAAGGCACGACCAAAACUGGGAGAAAGAGAAGUCACUCUGGCUCAUGUUACUGACUGGAUUGAGAAAAAACUGGAGCAGGAGCUGCAGAAAAUCUUUGUAAUGCCAAACAUGGAUGAUGUGUGGCUGACUAUCAUGCACUCAGCUAUGGACCAACGAACUGCUGCUGGACCUUCGGCUUGGUCUGCAGUGUACCAAGAGCCGUCUCACCCGGAGAGGGACAGCACCAGCUAGCUGCAAAAAAAUGCCUGUUUACAAUCCAGUAUUCCCCCCACUCCCACACCCCAAAAGAUAAAAUACAGAUGACUCAAAAUGGAAGUUGGGGCCAAAAUCGAUGGAAGAGAAAUUACUGACAAAAAUACAACCUCCGUGUGUUAUCUUAUCACCCAACAAAAUAUAAACGAUCAAGAUUGAUACACAAAUACUGUCACUAAUGAGAAUGUAUAUGCUGCUCAAUUUUUUAGCAUUUGUCAUGUCUUUGAAGGAUUUUCAUGGAAGAAGGAAUGUAUUGGUAGAGAAAAGGCUUAAUUUGAGCUCUUAGGGUGCAAUGUAUGACCUUGUUGCUCUACAAAUAUAGAAGCAUUCACCAGAUGUCUUAAGGCCUGCAAAUAACGGGACUAUUGAGGCCACGGAAAGCGAGCAGGUAAUGUCGGAUGUUGAGGGUUAACUUUAAUGUAAGCAAGUAAAAGCUCAGAUUGGUGUUGAUCAGGUGUUAAAUAACAGUAUUCAUUUGUGCUGUGACUACAACCUGGAUGCCACUUAUGCCGAUGUCCUUUAUCCAUCAUGUCUGUAUGGAAAUAAUGCUCAAAGGCAGAUUUGAAUUUACUGUGUACAUUCCAUAUACAAGUGAACACAAGUGCAAUGAUAUAAAUGCUGCGUUGACUAAUGAAUGGUGUGGAAGACGUAUGAAGGUCUACUGACGACUUUAACAGAUCUUUUGAAUGUAUGUGUGGAUGGUUUUGUCUUUGUUCUUUUUUUGGGAUUGAGGUAUGCAAGUGUCUGUGCGAAGAAGUUUUCCUUUUGACAUCUUGUGGUAAAAAGUAUACAAUAUAUUUCAGUGAUUAUGCAGCGUAAUUAUCUUUACAUUUAUAUUUAACAAACUUGUCAGCGUUGGAAGUAAAUUGAGUAAGUAAGAAGUAAGUUUAAACAACUUGAACAUAAAAGGCUAUGCUUGCAGAGAGCUACUCACCAUUUGUAAACGUGUCAUUUAAGUUUGACUACUUGAUAACACGAUGGUACUUAAUAGAAAAACCUCACUUGCCAAGUAAAGGCUUAUAGGCAACCUUUAUGGAAAAUAAAAUAAAAUAGAUAUCUCAUACAAUGAUCACCAAAGUCCUCCCAUUGGGGAUGAAGUGCCAGUCCUCUCUGCUAAAAGGUACACACGCGUCUAUUGCAAUGUAUUGCUAGUUAAACUUGCUACAACAUAUUUAUAAUUGUUUACAGGAUUUUGGUUUCUUCAUUUUAAGCAUACUAAUGAGCUGAUAUUGUUUAUCUGUAUGCCGCAGUAGCUUUUUGGAAAGUGUUUUUACAUGAGGUGGCAUGUGGCUUCUGUUUUUGUCUACUUUGGAAUUGAUAGAAUCACUGUUUUGGGGGUAUAUGAAGAUCACAGCUAUUUGUAUCUCAUUGUGCAAUUUUUAAGGCCAAAUUCAGUGAUUGUGUAUCUGCCUUAUUUAUAAAGCAUAAAUAAAUCUCAAUUGAUAAAAUCUUUUUUAUUGGACCAAGUCUAUUGUUUUUGUCCUUUGACGUUAAGGGUUUGAAUGUAAAUGUGAGGUUUCAAUAAACCGUAACAAUAGA